AUGAUAUGUGUUAUUGUCUCUACUUUUUCUGUUUACAUUACAAGGGCAGACAAGAAAGGAGUAGCAAUUGUGAAACAUAUUGAAGAUGGUGUGAAUCCAAUAUCGGCCGGUGAAAUAUUUUUCAGUGGAAAAUAUCUUAGUGCUGGUAUUAGGAUUGGUCUAAUUUCUGGUAUGGUAGCUCUCACGGAAGCUGUGGCUAUUGGAAGAACAUUUGCUGCUAUGAAAGAUUAUUCGUUGGACGGUAAUAGAGAAAUGGUGGCACUAGGAACAAUGAAUAUUAUUGGUUCAUUAACAUCUUGUUAUGUAGCUACAUAUUAG